AUGUAUUUCCUAUGGACGGCUCCACACAAUGACCACACACGAGACAACUUGGCUCCACACGAUGACCAUGCAGAAGACAACUUGGCUCCACACAAUGACCACACAGAAGACAACUUGGCUCCACACAAUAACCAUGCAGAAGACAACUUGGCUCCACACAAUGACCAUGCAGAAGACAAUUUGGCUCCACAAAAUGACCACACAGAAGACAACUUGGCUCCACACGAUGACCACACAGAAGACAACUUGGCUCCACACAAUGACCAUGCAGAAGACAACUUGGCUCCACACAAUGACCAUGCAGAAGACAAUUUGGCUCCACACAAUGACCACACAGAAGACAACUUGGCUCCACACUAUGACCACACAGAAGACAACUUGGCUCCACACUAUGACCACACAGCAGACAACUUGGCUCCACACUAUGACCACACAUAA